GCUGGUUAACGUGAACUGGGCCAACCCACUGUGGCUAUCACGAAACUUCUUUCCGCAACUGUCGGGUACGACGCCCCGGAGUAUUCUCAUGGACAGCUGUGCAUCGAUUGACCGGCCCGAAGAUGAAAAGGGUGCUUUUACGCAGGUUGUCCCAAUUGCGUUCGGCUCGAAUAAGAUGUUUUGCUCCAUCUCGCCUCCGCUAUGAAACCAAACAUAGAGGUCCAAAGCCCACAGCCCGCCUCGCGCAUGCCAGUCACCAUGACGAUGCAGCAGGUGCGCACUCUGCAAACCCGAACGUUGGAAGCCCUCGUGAGCCAAUUCAGACACAAGCUUUGGGACAUAUACGGGCAGUCGACAAUGGAUGUGGACGGAUGGCAGCGAGCUACCGUCCUUGAGUGGCAGGCUUUGGUGAAUUUCCACUUAGACCUCGCGGGAUCCUGUUUGCUUCUCCUUCUCAUGACCCAACCUUUUCAGUCGUCCAUAGGACUGUCCAGGGAGAUAUGGCAGAGUAUCGACGCAUUCUUCUAUCUACAUAGCCGCUCACAGUCAGCUCCCGCCGGGCCUGCAGUUGCCAUGGUCGAUAUGGCAGCUUGCGUCAUGGCGCUGCUGUACUUCUAUGAGCCAACUGAUAGAGAAAAUUGUUUCCAGAAUUUAAGGGACCUGGGUCGAUAUCGACGGGCGCUGAGCACUCAAACUGGAGAUAUUGCAGAGCAGCUGACCUGGGCCCUCGUCGCUCGCUCGGACGGAGCCUUUAAAUUGGAUACACAAAGCGCCGUCAAGUCCUUGCUUCAACUGGAAUCCAUCCGGAAUUGUGGCAAACGCAUCGACCGGAUUGUUGUCGGGUUUGUCUUUGGUCUUUAUGUAAAUUCGCUUCCGAACAGAGGCUCAAUGGAAGGUCUGUUCUUUUCGCCAGCAAAUUGUGUUUACAAGUCGGUCUUGGACACGGAGGGGAAGAGCAAAGAUGAGGCAGCCUGUACCAAUGUGACAACGGUCGGACUGGACAGGAAAGCAUCGGGAUAGUGCACCCCAUAUCGAUGGGUCGACGAUCGCAGCCAUCUUGGAAGCAACGGAGAUUUGCACUUUUCAGUAGUGCAAGGCAAAAUGGCACUUGUCCGGCAACCGAGAGUGAUCCAUGUGGAGCGCGCCUGGAGUGGUGAGGGUGUGAAGGGUUUCCGAGGUGUCAGGGACCAAACUCAGCUUAGUUCUAUGUUGCAUCAUGCCAAAUCAUCUAGGAAUCCGAGACA